AUGAGAAUAUACGUUUUUCUGUGUUUGAUGUGCUGGGUAAGAAUUGGGUAUUUAAAUUAUCCAUCAGAAACCAAUGGAGUUUCUAGAAACCUUGAGACUAAUAGAACAUGCCGUGAAUUCACAAAGUUAAAUGCAAUGGGCUCCUUAAGAGAUUUGUUUUUUCCCAAAGUAAAGACAAUUCUGUUGAUGUACUCAAGGGAUAAUGUAAACUGUGCAGAGCCACUGUUUGAGCCUAAUAACUCACUUAAUAACCAUUUCAACCUGUCAAAGAAAACGAUCUGGAUUGUUCAUGGAUACCGACCCCUGGGCUCUGUCCCAGUAUGGCUUCAUAAGCUUUCUAAGACAAUUUUGAAGCAGGAAGACGUGAAUCUCAUUGUUGUAGACUGGAACCUGGGUGCCACAACUUUAAUUUACAAUAGAGCAGUUAAAAAUACCAGGAUAGUUGCCUACAGUUUGAGCAAAUCCAUUUUUAUUCUUUUGGACCAUGGAGCAUCUCUUGACAAUUUUCAUUUUAUAGGCAUGAGCUUAGGGGCUCAUAUUAGUGGCUUCGUAGGAAAGAUAUUUCGUGGUCAACUUGGAAGAAUUACAGGUCUUGACCCAGCUGGGCCAAAAUUUUCUGGAAAACCAUCAAAUAGCAGAUUAGAUUUCACUGAUGCAAAGUUUGUGGAUGUUAUCCAUUCUGAUGCCAGUGGGUUAGGCAUUCUACAGCCAUUGGGACAUAUUGACUUUUAUCCAAACGGAGGAAAACAGCAGCCAGGUUGCCCUACAUCCAUUUUUUCAGGAACAAGUUACAUUAAAUGUGACCACCAGAGAGCAAUUUAUUUGUUCCUUGCUGCCUUUGAAACAAACUGCAAUUUUGUUUCAUUUCCUUGUCGCUCCUACAAAGAUUACCAGGGUGGUUUAUGUGUGGACUGUGGGACCCUGUAUAAAGACUCCUGCCCUAGACUUGGUAAUCAAGCAAAGCUAUGGAGAGAAGGUUUGAAUAAGAGGACUGAAGGAUGGCCUCUUAGGACUAUAGCAUAUUUGGAUACGAGUAGCGAACAUCCAUUCUGUACCUAUUAUUUUGUUAUCAGUAUAGUUGCUUUGAAUGAAACUAUGAGGAAUGGCUCAAUUUCAUUUAGUUUAUUAAAUAGGCUUGGGGAAUCUGAAUACCCCAAGCUCUAUAUGAAGAGCAAACCAUUUGAUAAACUUCGUGAAGUCAAGAUUCUUGCCCAGUUUGCAAGUGAUAUUGAGAAUGUUUCAUGCAUUUACAUGACAUAUUUUCAUUACUCAAAUACUCGGUGUUCCACAUGUCAGUACAGAGUCCAGAGUCUCAAGUUGAAGUCACUCACAUAUCCAGAAAGGCCACCAUUUUGUAAGUAUGAUUUUGUGCUUAAAGAAAGAGCAAGGAUAGAACUCCAACCAGAUGCGUGUAAGGCACAAAAGGUGUGA